CCCGUUUUCCCCUUGUCUCAAAGCGCAUUUUGGAGAUUGGAGUUUGGAGUUUGGAGAGAGAGAAAUGCAAAUCGGAAUUUGAAGUUUGGAGUCACCGCCGCCGUUGAGGUCCGUCGUCUCGUCCGAGUCCGGUCCGGCGGAAGUAGGGGCGGAAGUGCGGGCGGGAGAUGGGGGUGAAGAACCUGUGGGACAUCCUGGAGUCGUGCAAGAAGAAGCUCCCGCUCCACCACCUCCAGAACAAGAAGGUGUGCGUGGACCUGUCGUGCUGGCUGGUCCAGAUGUACAGCGCCAACCGCUCGCCGGCCUUCGCCAAGGACAAGGUCUACCUCAAGAACCUCUUCCACCGCAUCCGCGCCCUCCUCGCCCUCAACUGCACCCUCCUCUUCGUCACCGAUGGGGCUAUACCUUCACUUAAGUUGGCCACUUACCGCCGUCGCCUCGGAUCCAUUUCUCAUGCUGCUAAAGAAUCAGAUCAGCCCAAUUCACACCCAUCCAUUUCACUGCGUCGCAACAAGGGUUCCGAGUUCUCCUGCAUGAUUAAAGAGGCCAAGCGUCUCGGCAUGGCCCUCGGCAUCCCUUGCUUGGACGGAUUGGAGGAGGCUGAAGCACAGUGUGCAUCCCUAGAUCUAGAGUCACUCUGUGAUGGCUGUUUCACUUCAGACUCGGAUGCUUUUCUUUUUGGCGCUAGGACUGUUUAUAGAGAUGUUUUCAUAGGGGAGGGUGGCUAUGUCAUUUGCUAUGAAAUGGAAGACAUAGAGAAAACUCUUGGCUUUGGCAGGAACUCGCUGAUAUCACUUGCAGUGCUCCUUGGUAGUGAUUAUUCUAAUGGAGUUAAUGGGUUUGGCCCAGAAACAGCAUGCCGGCUUGUUAAGUCUGUAGGCGACAAUUUAAUUCUUGAUCAGAUUUUGUCUAAUGGAGUUAAAGCUACUAGAAAAUGUAAAGGGAAAAAUAGUGGAAACAAGGUGGACGACAUGUGCCCCAAAGCAAGUUCCUGCGAGGUUGGCAUGACUCAAGACUCUGAUGGUCAAUUUCGUGACGUCAUAAAUGCAUAUCUGGAGCCAAAAUGUCACUCACCUGAUUCGGAAGCUGUGCAGAGGGUAUGCGGACAGCACCCAUUUCUUCGGCCACAGCUUCAAAAAAUAUGCGAGGAAUAUUUUGAUUGGAGUCCAGAGAAAACUGAUCAAUAUAUACUUCCGAAGAUUGCUGAGAGAGAACUUCGGAGGUUUUCAGACCUUCGCUCUGCGUCUUCAGCACUAGGAAUAAAACCUUUGUUGAGUGAGAUACCAGUACCAUGCCCUGUACUGGCGAUUGUGAAGCAGAGGAAAGUUCAUGGGAAUGAAUGUUAUGAGGUUUCAUGGAGAAAUAUAGAAGGGCUCCAAGUUUCAGUAGUCCCUGGGGAUCUUGUUAAAAGUGCGUGCCCGGAGAAAAUAACAGAAUUUUUGGAGAAGAAGGGUGAAGAGAAGAAGCAGAAGAGGAGAGCAAGGCCAAAGAAAUCAGGGCAGGCUGCAGUGAAAGAUGUUGAUGAACAGCUCCAAGAGUUGCUGCUUGGUAUUGAAGCUGAUAGUGGUGGCAUAUUGGGUGCUACAGCCAGUGUGUGUCAGACUCUGACAGCAGCCUACACUGUGGCUGUGGAAGAUGUAGUUGAUCUGUCGUCUCCUUCUCCUCCUCUUCGGAAGCUCUCCAAGUCCCAAAAGAAGAUGAUGGCCGAGGAUGUCAAUGUGGCUGGUAUGAACAUGAACAAGAUGGAGUCAGAAAGUAGUUUUAGCACGCAAUCAAGUACUAGUGAUGUUGACAACCAGCUGAUUGAUCUGUCUUCACCCCUGGCUGGUGGUGAUAAUGGUAUGAAAGGUGGAAGAAGAGCCCUGGCAGACAUAAGCAAUGUUGGUUCACACAGCACUGAGACAGACGGAGGAGGAGGAGGUGGUGGUGGUGUGGCAUCGGUCGGCCAUGGAACCACCAUCGACCUAUCUUCUCCGUCGCCGGCCAUAGGCGACAGAUCAAGGGUUCAUCACGAUGAUGAUGAUGUAAUACACGAGAGGAAAGCAAGGGACCUGAGAAUGUUCCUGGACAGCAUACGGAACGAGCUGUAUUGAGUGAUUAUUUAUGAAUGUUUGGCUGGCGUUUUUUGAGAUGAUAGUGAAAUGGAAUUGGAAUUACAAAUC